GUAUAAGAAAAUGGAAACAUCUACUUGCAGGCACGAAGUAUUUAAGGUGGAUUCCCACAGCUCAUGAUAUUUGUUUUACCAAUAACUUUUCAUCAUUAUUUUUUUCUCUUGGCAAAUGCGUUCCUGUUGUACGGGGAGAUGGUGUGUACCAGAGAGGUACAAAUUUCUGUCUGGAAAAACUAAACAAGGGUGAUUGGAUACAUGUAUUUCCAGAAGGUAAAGUCAAUGCAGAACAUCUGAGAAUGAGGCUGAAGUGGGGAGUUGGUAGACUCAUAGCAGAAUGUGACACGCCUCCAAUAGUAUUACCUAUGUAUCAUAUGGGUUUAGAUGAUGUUCUUCCCAAUAGAUCACCAUAUAUUCCUCAGAUAAGAAAAAAUGUGACAAUAUUAAUUGGGGAACCAGUAGAUUAUACAGAUGAUCUGAAAAGAAUGCAGAAUCUCAACAAAACACCUAUUGAACAAAGGAAAUUUAUAACAGAUGAUAUUCAAGAAAGAUUAUAUGAACUGAGGAAAACAGCUGAGCAGCUUCAUCAAAAUAGAUUGAUCUCAAAAGCUGAAUGAUACAAGAAUAUUGUUGUGCCUUAACUACUUAAAAUUUGUAUUGUUGUAACCUUAAAAGGAAUGUUACAUUUACUCUAGGCCUGCAAGCAGCAACUAAAUUACUCAUUCAACUCAACUAGUGCAGGCCAAGAUCAGCUGGCAUAUCUGGGCAGCUAGGUUGCACUGUUGGCUAUUUAGUCAGUACUUAUUUUGAAAUAUUUCCUGAAAAUAUGAAUGGUUUUGUACAGAAUAAAAGAUGGACAAGUCCAUUUAAGAUAUUUAGCUUGGUAAGGGUUAAUUAAUGACACUUUUUGUAACUUAAUGCAUUUUUGAUUAUGUUUAAAGUAAUUGCCUUAUUCAAAAUUUAGAUAACAUUUUAAAGGACUGAUUUUUACUUAACAAGGUUUUGCAUCAAUCUGCAGAUAUAUUUAUUAUACAGUUAUUUUCAUAAUGUUAAUUUAAUAUUCUUUUAUAGAAACAGCAUUGUUUUGUUUUUGUUUGUCAGUCUGUCUCUCAAACUUCAGCAUUAUGAGGCCACCGCAAGAGUGUAUAGUUUUGUUUUAGUUUUGUUUUGUUUUUUGUUAUUUUAAAUCACAAGUUAUAUUUUUAGAGUAUAUAGCUAGGGUUGCGUACAUUGUAUAUAGUUUUUAUGCCCCCGAAGAGAGGCCUAAUAUAAUCGCACUGUCUGUCUGUAUGUCUCUUCGUACAAACCCAGAGGUACUUGUGUGACUUGGAGAACAAUAGGUAACAGUAAAUUCUCUUUGAUCCUAUUCAUUAAGUUUUUACUUGUGUGUCUUUUUUUAAGCCUUGUGUGACUAAAAUGGCUAAAAAAUUAAAGGGAAAGUCACGUAAGUACCAUUUUGUAAGUACGUCCGUCUGUCCCACUUCAUUUGUGUCCGGACUGUAACUUUGUCAUACAUUGAGGGAUUUUAAAAUUAAUUUGGCACAAAUGUCUACCACAUCAAGACGAUGUGUCGCGUCAAAGAACCACGUCCCUACCUUAAAGAUCAAUGUCACACUAUCAUUUUGAAGUUUCGCAUUAUCGCAAUAAGAGUAAAUAGGUACAUACAUUUGUGUCUGAACUGUAACUUUGUCAUGCAUCAAAUGAUUUUAAAAUAAUUAGGCAUAAAUGUCUACCACAUCAAGAUGAUGUGUUGCUUCCAAGAAUUACAUCCCUACCUCAAAGGUCACACUAACAUUUUGAAGUUUCACAUUAUCACAAUUAGAAUUAAUAGGUACACACAAUCAGUCCGGGCUGUAACUUUGUCAUGCAUAGAAGGAUUU